ACAUGUUCAUCCGCGGCUCCGUAGUGCGCUACGUACACCUCCCCGCCGGAAUGGUCGAUAUCGAUUUAUUGGAGGAUGCGACGAGGAAGGAGGCUGCGGCUGCGAAGGAGAAGGCAAAGUGAGCUGGUGAGGAGGAAAUAACAUGACAAAAUUGGAUUGCAAAGAGGGCUAUAUGCCCGUAUAUGCGCACGCCCGUACGAUAUUGAAAACUUCGCGAUUGAGGAGGAGGAAUGAAGGCUGGCUCGCGUGGCGGGGAAUGUCCGAGGCUUGCAUACAAGAGGAAGGGGAGAUGGGGAGAUGGGAUUAUAUAUACCCCAUGCUAUAUCAUUAUAUUCUGGUUUCCUAUCACCAUGGUCUUCUGGUCUCGUGUUUGCGCUGGGUGGGGAUGCGUGAUUUGGUUCGGAUGCUAAGUUUCGCGCUGUGCAGCUUUUCCUCGUCGAAUCGAUUGGUGAGUUGCAUUGCUUCCUUGUGCAUAACCUUCCGUCUUCGCAAUGCCAGGUGGGGAGCUGUGGUAAGCAGUUUCAGAUCUUCGUUGUCCGCCAGCUCCACCGCUUAUUCGAACGUCUCAAUAUUAUCUAUUUCCCUGCCCUUUAAUGCUUUGUAUAUCCCACCCACUUCCCACCUAUAUUCCCAAUCUGAUGCGCCACCCCUUCGCGACCCCUUUUCCGCCCUCCGACGUCCAUGCCAAUAUGACCACACCAUCCAAUCAUCCCUACAAGGUCCCUCCAUUUCCGUCACGCGCCAUUACCGCACAUAUAUGCAUUCCCUACCUUAAACACCGCAUACGAAAAGCGCUGCAAAACGAUUAUAAUGGUAAUCUACGACCGUAAGGGUGAGAAUGGCAGGCUGAUUGGGGAUCGUGGAGAGGGAUUAGAGGGCGCUUAAGAAAAUGUUGGUUCAUUGUCGGGGUUUGGCUUUCUGGGGGAGCGAGGGUGGCGGGUUGGGGUAGGGUAGAGGAGGAGGGGAGGAAGCG